AUGCUACAUUUUCGCGUUGGCUCAAGCGUCUCCGGCGGCUCAGUCACCCUCCCCACGUCGUCCCGUGGCUCGCUACUACAGCGCCGCCGCUUUGCUCCGGAGCAGCUGCGAAAGGGCGGUGAGGAGGUCACGGCGAGACCCCACGCUCUUCAGCUGCUGACGCCCAACAACGACGGAGCGGCCGGCACGCCCAAGCAUCAGAGCUGGGGAGCGAGCGGCGCCGAGCCGCUGAGCGCCAGAACACGAACAGCCGGCGGCGUGGAGUGCUGCCACGGUGGACUUUCGUCUUCAGAUCGCGAGGAAGAACAAUGGAUCAAGGAAUCUGACAGAGGGGAAGUGUUCUUGAAGAAAUUGGAACAAUGGAUCAAGGGAAUCAGGCUUACCAUGAUACCCAAGUACACAUACCUGGAGGAUGGAGGAAGCAGUAGCAAGAAUUAUAGCAAUUUCUGCCCGAAUCAGAAUAAAAUUGAAGCUCACACAGCAAGCUAUACUUUGAACAGCAACUAUGUUAAUAUGCAGACUAAGACACCAGCAUGGACAUAUGACUACAACUCAAAGGAAGCUGAACAAGGUGACCUUGAAGAUUGCUAUGACAUAUCCUUAUCACAAGGUAAUGGUAUGUCCUUCACGGAAAUGUUGUUGUCUGUCGAAGCACCAUCAACAUCACAGAGCUAUUUACAAAGAAAUUUCAAUGGAAUGGGAGAGGGAAUGGGUUCAGAGAUAUGCAAGUUCCCAGUCUACGCUCCUAGAUAUAGCUACUACAAUUGGCAAUUCGAUGACAAUGAAAAUCAGAAUAAUGAUCCAGUACAUAAUGAGCAGCAUAUUCCAGAGGAAAAUAAUAGUUUCGACAAAGAAACUCACAAUAAUAAAGAUGGUGAAGAAGCAGCUAUGGAGAUGCCUGAAGGAGUGGAGCAGCUAACUCAAGAAGAUACCAUUCCAGCACGAAAGAUAAUGGCAAUACUCACAUACCUGCGAGGAGGAAAGCCAAAGAAUGUUCCUUACAACAAGAAAUAUGUGAGCAAUGUCAUGACUGCAAUCAGAUUAGAAGACAUCACAAAUGAUAUGAUGAAAGUUCUAUCUUAUUUUAGGCAGAGGCAAGAAGAAGACCCAAGGUUCUACUAUAAUUUUGAUCUUGGAGAAGGGAACAAGGUCAAAUGCAUUUUUUGGUCUGAUGGAUUUUCUCGACACAUGUAUGACUUAUACGGAGAUUGCCUUAGCUUUGACACAACAUUCAAGAUUAACAAGUAUAACCUCCCAUUUGCUCCUUUUGUCGGAGUGACAGGACAUGGCCACAACUGCCUAUUUUCUUGUGCAACAAUCAAUAAUGAACAAGCAAGUACCUUUGAGUGGCUAUUCGAGGAAUUCCUCAUAUGUAUGGGAGGGAAGCAUCCUGCAACAAUUAUCACAGAUCAAGAUGCUGCAAUGGCAAGAGCAAUAAAUGAAGUUUUCAAACAAUCUUGUCAUAUAAACUGCUUCUUCCAUAUAAAGAGAAAGUCGGAAGAGAAGUGUGGAGGAAGCUUUAGUAAUAUGUGGGAAAACAGAAAGAAGUUUGUCCCCGUUUACUUCAAGCAUAACUUCUUACCUUUCAUUCACUCAACUGCAAGAAGUGAGGGCACUAAUGCAAUCUUCAAAGACAAUGUAGGGUCUACAUAUAGUGUUAUCAGCUUCUUGGGUGAGUACCAGAAAAUAUCUGAAAACAUAGAGGAAUUGGAAAGAGAACAGGAUUCAGUAACAAGGAUAACAGAGCCAGACUAUUGGGUGCGUAGCGAGAUAGAACUUCAAGCUGGUCGCAUGUAUGAGGUCUACAAGACACCUAUGCUACAACUGCAAGAUUUCAGGUCCAGAAAGUACCUUGUUUCUGUAAACCUACAAGCACAAGAAUUCGCCAGCAUAUGCUGCAAGUUUGAGAAGGAUGGCAUAAUAUGUGCACAUAUACUGAGGGUCCUCAUCCACCUUAACUUGUCAGAGCUUCCUGAAAAGUACUACAUCAGUAGGUGGAGCCCAAAAGAUAGAAAAUACAUGAGAGAUAAGCAGUCCAUCCCAAUAGAUCUAACAACAAGUAACAAACAUCUGAGAUACUGCGUGCUAUCUAGGAAAUUUUGCAAUAUUUCCUCGGAAGGAGCUGUGACUGAAAGGAAAUACUUGUUCUUGCUGGAUGAAAUCAAAAGGAUAGAGGACAGACUAGAUGAAAUGACUCAAGAAGAUGAAACUGCGGAAUUCCAGAAAAGAGGAAAGGGCAAACAACCAUGUGCAACCAGUGAACAACAAAAAACAAGUGAACAACAGCAUAAAGAUGGUUUCCGUGAUAACCUACAAGAUCCUGAUGUUGUUCCUUCGAAAGGACGUCCAGAAACUUCUAAACGACAAAGGACAUUCGUUGAAGAAUUGAUGUCAAAAAAUCAAAUUACAUGCAGCCACUGUGGUUCGCAUCAACAUAACAUUGCUACAUGUACAAUGAGGCACAUACCCAAGUCAUUUUUUGAGAAAAGUGUGAAAACCAGCAACAAGAAGACAGCGGGUAAAGCUGAUGGUGAGAAUACAACAAAGAAGCAAACACAAAAGAGAAACCAGGCGAAAUCAACAGGCAACAUGAAGAAGACAUCGUCAAAAAGCUAG